GUUGAUCGUAGGUUGUGAAAAUCCCUCGAUCUCCGCUGUUUCAGCAGCACAUCGUAGAUGAUUUAGGUGAAAUUUCGGUAGAUGUAUAGGUCAAGUCAGCGCCCGAGGUGUUCGGACGUUUAGGGUAGCGUUGUAUUCGCGAAUAUGGCCACGUUGUUCAAAAAUGAACCGCUGGAAAGAUUCUAUGAUAUCGGCGAGGAGAUCGGCAGUGGCCAAUUUGCUACAGUCAAACGAGUCACCAAUAAAACCACUGCCAUUGAAUAUGCCGGGAAAUUCGUCAAAAAGAAGAAAAUGGCAUCGUCGAGACGUGGUGCUAAGAAGGAGGACAUCGUACGCGAAGUUGAAAUCCUCAGUGAAAUGAAACAUAGGAAUGUCAUAUCGCUACACGAAGUAUACGAAACUCCGACUGAAGUUGUUCUCAUUUUGGAACUAGUUUCAGGGGGAGAACUAUUUGAAUUCUUAGCAGAAAAAGACCAUGUUUGCGAGGAGGAAGCUGCCAAAUUUACAAGACAAAUGCUGGAAGGCGUGAAACAUCUACAUGAAAAAAAUAUUGUACAUCUUGAUCUAAAGCCUGAAAAUGUGAUGCUGUUAAAUAGAAACUCGCAAAACAUCAAGUUGAUUGAUUUCGGUUUAUCUCGUCGCAUAGUUGAAGGCACUGAAAUCCGCGAUAUGAUAGGAACGCCAGAGUUUGUGGCCCCUGAAGUUGUGAAUUAUGAAGCACUUGGGCUAUACACUGACAUGUGGGCUGUUGGCGUUAUUACAUACAUUCUACUAAGUGGUGCUUCCCCAUUUCUUGGUGACAAUCAGCAAGAAACUUAUGAAAACAUAGUUGCAGUAGAUUACGAGUUCGAUGACCAAUAUUUUUCAAAAACAAGUGAAUUUGCCAAAGAUUUUAUUGAGAAAUUAUUUGUUAAAGAUGCAAGAAAACGAGCAACUGUUACUGAAUGUUUGAAUCAUCCUUGGAUAAAGCCCUGUACAGAACGAGAACAAGCCAGUCGCAGGAUAUCAAUGGUCAACAUAAUGAAUUUACGCUCAUUUAAUGCAAGGAAGAAAUGGAAGCAAUCACUGCGUAUUGUUUCGUUAUGCAAUAGACUUUCUAAGAAUUACCGUCUACGAAAUAGUAUGAAUGGGAGUACAACUCAAACACUUGACCUAGAGAAAUCCAGUACGGAUCUAAUUGAUGAAGAGGAAUCUUUCGUACUCAUGGCGGUGUUUCAUGCAAUAGAAGACGGUAAUUUUGUUGGUAUCAAGGAGCUGGUGGAAUCACUAACUAGUUUUGAUCCUGACCAAAAAAAUAAGCAUGGUGAGACGGCGAUUCAUUUGGCUGCUGGUAACGGCCAUCUUGAAAUACUGCAAUACUUGAAAGAAAGAGGUGCUACCAUGAGCUUUAAAGACAAACAUGGUGACAACGCUGUGUAUUGGGCAGCGAGGCAAGGACAUUCAAAAGCUAUUAAAUAUUUACAUGAAAGUUGUGUUCCAACUAACGAACAAAACAGGUCUGGCGAGACCCCGCUCCACAUCGCCGGUCGAUACGGUCAAGCUGAUGCUGUGGAGAUGCUAUGUAGUCUAGGUGUUGACACUGACGUACAAGACAAAGACGGCGAAACUACGCUGCAUUGUGCUGCAUGGCACGGCUAUACCAGCAUAGUACAGUCUUUAUGCAAUGCCUCAUGCAAACCAAACAUACAAAACAAGGACGGUGAAACACCAUUGUUGUGUGCGGCCGUGCGAGGCCAUUUAGAAAUAGUUCAUCUUCUAACGGAAGCCGGGGCCUUGCUCGAUGAAACUGAUAAGCAUGGGCAGUGUGCAUUGCAUUUAUCUGUGCGGCGUGCUCACCAUCAUGUAGUACAAUAUUUGUGUGAUGCUAGGUGUAACUUGGAUAUCCAAGAUAAGUAUGGUGAGACUGCCUUUCAUACUGCAUGUCGAGAUGGUAACAUACAAAUCAUACAGAUGUUGUACCAAGGUGGUUGUAAUGUGGAUUUAUCAAAUAAGCAUGGUGUCACACCGUUGAUGUUAGCAGCAAGACAUGGCCAUUUGGAGGCCGUCCGAUAUCUGUGCUUUGUGGGAGCUAAUAUAGAAGCCAAGAACGAGGAUGGUUUAACAGCUGAGCAAGUCACGGUUAUCGAACAACAAGAAGAAAUUUCACAACUUUUGUCGAAGCUACGAACUGAGAAAUCAAGAGAUUUGUACGUACAACAGCUUGCGGCUACCCCAUCGUAUAUAAAUCGAGUCAAGCUUAUGCUACUUGGACAUUCGGGAACUGGUAAAACCACGCUGAUAGACACAUUAAAGUGCGGGUAUUUCAGGGGAUUGUUUCGACUCUCCAAGAGCAACCUUUCCAUGAUUGGACGAUCAUCACCCAAAAAAUACAUCAAUAAAGGAGGUCAGCGACCGGCCAGUGAGCAAAGAAGAGUUAGUUCUAAUAAUAACUCGGUGGAUUACAUAAGUACUAAAGGAAUCGAUGUACAGGUGCUAAAUAUACCAGGUUCGGGAGAGCUCAGUGUGUGGGAGUUUGGUGGACGUGAACAAUACCACACAGCGUACACUCAUUUCGUCGGGGAUCCCAGUGCCAUCUACGGCAUUGCAAUUAAUCUGGAGGACCCGUACGAGGUCAAGUACAACCAGGUGUGCUAUUGGAUGAACUUGCUGAAGUCUAGACUGCCAUUAACAGAACCAAUCGGAUAUUGCGGUAAAUUCUUGUCUCAAAUGAAAGUGAUCAUUAUUGGGACACAUGCCGAUGUUGUCAAUUGCCCGCGAACUGCGACAGGGGAAUACGUGAGUGGAGAGGGAAACGUCGUUUUGUAUCAGGUUAAGAAGAUCUACGGUAAACAGUUUGAUAUCUGCGAAAUGAUGUUUGUUGUGGACGCUCACGCUUCAUCAUCAAGAGAGAUGAAACUGUUGCGCACAUACCUCGCCAACGUAAAGAAUGCCAUUAUCAAGGCAGAAGGAUGCAUAACCUCACUGUUUGACAUUGUCUUGAGUAUGCUGCCAACAUGGAGAAAGACGUUUUCAUCAUUUCCGGUGAUGUCAUGGCAACAGUUUGUAGAAUGUGUUCAUAAACAGAUUAACCCAUUGGCUGGAGAAGGUCAUAUCAAUGAAAUCCUACAUCAGUUGCAAUGUAUGGGAGAGGUGCAAUGUUUCGAUGGCGAAGUCCUCAGGGAAGUGAUCGUCAUAGACGUCAAGUGGCUGUGUUUCAGCGUAAUUGCUCGCCUCAUCCGGACCGAACCCAGCUCUCCUACUCUGUGGGAAGAAUCCACUGAGAAUGGCAACUAUGACGUAUACGGUGGAAUUCGCAUGGAACUCGCUGACUGCAACGGUGCUUUCCCUGCGGGACUUUUUCCCCGGGUACAGUUGUGCUUGCGUCGUAACUUUCAACAAGAGAGCGACACACUUGAUAAUGAGUUAACAUUGUGGCAAUAUGGUGCUAAGUGCAUAGGUGGCAAUAUGGAAGGAUUAGUUAUAUUCGCCGAUAAUAAUGAAUCAAUAUACAUUUGCGUACGAGGGCCGAAUGAAUCGAAACAGGCAUGUUUCAUCUUCAUGGAAGACCUAAGUCAUCUCGUAGAUCAGGUUAUCGCCGAGUCGUACCCUGGUCUUCUAACAACAAAGUACAUUUUGAGUGCAGCACAACUGAAAGUGCUGAGUGAUAAAAAACCCAUCGACAAUCUUAUGAUUACUGCUUUUGGGCCGCAAGAGAUUUUCGGUGCAUUACUGGAUCAUAAAUCAGAAAUUAACAAUAGAAACGACGACUCUGUGGAGUCAUUUACAGAUUUGUUGUGUUUUACAAGUCAGACGCUUGGUUCGAGUAUUACAUUUGGUGCCGAUUUGCACCUCAGUCAUUUACAUCCCCAUACACGCCGCCAACUCAGUAUGCUGUUAGACCCUCCUGAUCCAAUGGGCCGUGAUUGGUGCCUUUUAGCGUUGUCUCUCGGCCUUGGAGAACAGCUCCCCAACUUAGAUCCAACAACUUGCGUUAGUGACGGAGAAAGCCCCACUGAUAGGAUUUUGCAAGAGUGGAGUUGCCGUGCUGACAGUACCAUUGGAAUCCUUAUUAGCAAACUUUCUGAAUUAGGCCGCCAGGAUGCUGUACAAGUCGUCAUCAAGAGUGCUCCUUUGUUUAAAUUUAUGCCAAAGCAGCACGGAAUGGAUGAUACACCGAUGAGUAAUUCAGCAAGUUCACUGGCAUCCAGAUAA